CAACAAAAACAGUAGCAACAAAAACAGCAGCAGCAACAACAGCAGUAGCAAAAACAGCAGCAACAAAAACAGCAGCAACAAAAACAGCAGCAACAAAAACAGCAACAGCAAAAACAGCAAAG